AUGGAUGCACAGUCGUUUACUCUCGGCAUCGAUCUGGGCACCACGUCCGUGAAGGCGGCCCUGCUGGAGGCCGCGCCAGGCGACCUCUCCGGGUUCGUGGUAGGGGCGAGCUGUGCCCGAGCUGCGCGAGCGGAGGCCACGGCUGAGAUCGUAGCGGCCGGGACUCAGGGGCGGGAGCAGGAUGUGAGUCGAAUCAUCCAGGCCCUACAUGAGUGCCUUGCUGCCCUUCCCCAGCAGCAGCUCCGGAACGUUAGGGCCAUUGGAGUGUCUGGACAGAUGCAUGGAGUCAUGUUUUGGAAGACAGGGCAAGGCUGUGCAUGGGAAGAGGGAGGGGUCAACCCCGUGUUCACACCCAGAAGUGUGAGCCACCUGGUCACAUGGCAGGAUGGCCGGUGUAGCAGUGGGUUCCUGGCUUCUCUGCCCCAGCCUGAGUCUCAUCUUAGCGUGGCCACUGGGUUCGGCUGUUCAACUAUCUUCUGGCUUUUAAAAAAUAGCCCAGAAUUCCUAAAAUCCUAUGAUGCAGCCGGCACCAUCCAAGACUAUGUGGUUGCCAUGUUGUGUGGCUUGUCAAGACCCCUGAUGUCAGACCAGAAUGCCGCUAGCUGGGGAUACUUCAACACUCGGAGCCAAAGCUGGAAUUUGGAGAUACUGAUGGCCUCGGGCUUUCCUGUCCACCUGCUCCCGGACAUUGCGGAGCCUGGCAGUGUGGCAGGCAGAACUUCCCACACGUGGUUUGAAAUCCCAAAGGGGACAGAGGUGGGCGUGGCCUUGGGUGAUUUACAGGCCUCUGUCUUUUCCUGCAUGGCCCAGAGAACAAAUGCAGUUCUCAACAUCAGCACCUCAGUUCAGCUGGCCGCCUCCAUGCCCUCAGGAUUCCAGCCGGUGCAGACUCCAGACCCGUUAGCUCCAGUUGCCUACUUUCCAUACUUUGACAGGACCUACCUGGGGGUAGCAGCGUCCCUCAAUGGGGGCAAUGUGUUGGCCACGUUUGUCCACAUGCUGGUUGAGUGGAUGGCAGAUCUGGGCCUGGAAAUUGGAGAAUCUGCUGUAUAUUCCCACAUGAUCCAGGCAGCUGCACAGCAGGAAGACACCUGUCUAACCAUUACCCCAACAGUGCUGGGAGAGAGGCACCUGCCGGACCAGCUGGCCUCAGUGACCAGAAUCUCCUCCUCUGACCUCUCCCUGGGGCACGUGACUCGGGCCCUGUGUCGAGGCAUCAUCCAGAACCUGCAGUCAAUGCUUCCAUCCCAGCAGCUGAAAGAGUGGGGUGUGGAGCGGGUGAUUGGGAGUGGGAGUGCGCUGUCCAGGAAUGAGGUGCUGAAGCAGGAAGUGCAGAGGGCUUUCCCUUUCCCAGUGUCCUUUGGGCAGGAUGUGGAUGCCGCAGUUGGGGCAGCUCUGGUCAUGCUACGGAGGAAAAUCAACCAGGAGGAGGCUUAA